AUACAUACCUUCACAAUUUACUUAUUGCUUUGUAUAAUUGUGUUUAGCUGCUUCAUUGUUGUGGCUAGCUUUGAAAAGACAGAAUAAUAUUCUGUUUUGUUUUGUUUUGUUUUGUUUUGCUCUGCUCUGGGCUUAUCUUCUACACCCAUCAGAUUAAUCGUCACAUAAAUAUCCUAAAUAUCCUCAGUAAAUAGUUCUUAGAGGAAUAAAUGGGAGCAAAGAAAAGAAGAAAAAGCCUCGGAGUUAGAAAAGCAGUAAAAACAAUGUAGAAAUAACUAAAAAUGUUUUUGUGUUGGUUAUUACCUUCCUUUCUACUGAAUAUGGCUCCCAUUUGAACAUCCAUCUCACUUUAUAGCCAAAUCUUCACUUUAUAGAAGUACUGUAUUUCACAGGCAUCAUAACUAAAGUAGAGCUGUUAAGUAAUACAUUUCCUAGCAUGAAGAGCAGUUGAGAGAAUACAUUUGUUCCAUAUUUAUUUGUUACCUUUAUAGAGAAGCUGAUUAAAUUUCUAUGUCUCAGUUUUCUUAUCUAUGAAGAAAACCAUAGUAAUGGGAUUCACGUUACAGAGAAGCUUGAAGGAUUAAAUGGCUGAUUACAGGUGAAACUCUUAGAGAUAUAAACUAUAGAUAUAAAUACUCAGGAAAGAUAAAUACUACUAUUGAUCUAACUGAAAUAGCCAACUUGUAGGUUCUUGUGAGAUAUUGAUAGAAUUUAAUAAUACUAUCUUAACUCUUCAAUGUUAUUAUACAAAUUAUUUGGCUAUGACACCCCCCAUUAAUCAUAUUUAUGCAUGUAGGAGCUAAGAGCUAAUAGUUUAAUCUAAAGACAAAGUGAAACAUUGAGAGCAAACACACACUUUAAUAUCUAUUAACAAUUAGAUUUAUUUUUUAAGGGUAGAAAAAUUUAUUGAGGAAUAGGAAUGGGGAAUAAGGAUAGCUCCUGAGAGGCAGGAGGGGUCCUAAAUGGGUUAUGCUAGGUCUUAGACUUGAAAGGCUGUGUAUAAACCAAAGAAUAAACACAUCACGUAACUAAAUCACCAAAGUGAUAAAUAUUCUUGAUGAGGAAAGCCUGAGAGCAUUUUUGUCCUUCUGCUAUUUUCAAGAAGGCUUGAUGUGCCUACUCUCCUUAGCAUAAUCUUGAUUAUUUCACAGUAAAGACAUUUGAAUUAAAGAAUUCAGUUUACCUUUUAAAAGUAAGAGACUUAAAUUCAGUAACUCAAAAGUGUUCCCUAGCACUAUGAAAACACACAGUUAGAACUUAAAUUAUAAAGGAAUAACAGAAAUAUCAGAACAGCUCACAGCACACAGGAAUUCACAUAUGCUAUUGCACUGGGAAAAAAAAAAUUAGACAAGCAGAUGAGAAGCAACCAUAUUGUUUCAGCCAGAAACCUGACUUCCUAGAGCACUAAUAUUAGCAUUGUUCAGGAGCUCACAAGAGUACUGAACUUAAGGAGCUCACAUCAGAUUUUCUAAAUCACCAAGUCCAGAGGCAUAAUCCGGCAAUCUAUGUUUUUACAAACGUUACAGGCUUAUAAAUUUGUAAAUUUUACUAAAUUUGAGAAAGACCAGCUUAGAAUUAUUAAGGAGAAGUUAAUCUUCAUUAUUUAUGUGGAGUUCUGUUAGUUGCCCUUUACAAAUGAAUGUUGAUAUUUUAAUGUAGAUAGUUAUUUAACAACUCCUCAAUUAUACGCUAAACAAGCACUAAUUUUUUCCACAGAAGACAUUCAAAUUUUUUCUGCCAUUCAAUUUGCUUGACGGAAUUGCAUCAAUGCAUAUCUGAAAACCAAAACUACAUUUAGUGUGGUAACCCAAACAAUAUUCAAGAGUGAGUGCUAUUGGGAACUCAACUCACUGACAAGCUCACCUCGGUAUCCAUUUUUCAACUGUAUCGAUUUUUUAAAACAAAAAAUAUGGAUUUCUUAAACUCUUCUGAUCAAAACUUGACCUCAGAGGAACUGCUACACAGAAUGCCAUCCAAAAUCCUGGUGUCCCUCACUCUCUCGGGGCUGGCACUGAUGACAACCACCAUCAAUUCCCUCGUCAUUGCUGCAAUAAUUGUGACCAGGAAGCUGCACCACCCAGCCAAUUACUUAAUUUGCUCCCUGGCCGUCACAGAUUUCCUUGUAGCUGUGUUGGUGAUGCCCUUCAGCAUUGUGUAUAUUGUAAGAGAGAGCUGGAUUAUGGGUCAAGUGCUGUGUGACAUUUGGCUGAGUGUUGAUAUUAUCUGUUGUACAUGUUCCAUUUUGCAUCUUUCAGCAAUAGCUUUGGAUCGCUAUCGCGCCAUCACAGAUGCUGUUGAAUAUGCUAGGAAAAGGACUCCCAAGCAAGCUGGCAUUAUGAUUACAAUAGUUUGGAUUAUAUCUGUUUUUAUCUCUAUGCCUCCUCUGUUCUGGAGACACCAGGGGACAAGCCGAGAUGAUGAGUGCAUCAUCAAGCAUGACCAUAUUGUUUCUACUAUUUACUCAACAUUUGGAGCAUUUUACAUUCCACUUGUGUUGAUUUUGAUCCUUUACUACAAAAUAUAUAAGGCAGCAAAAACGUUAUACCACAAAAGACAAGCAAGUAGAAUUGCAAAGGAGGAGCUGAAUGGCCAAGUCCUUUUGGAGAGUGGUGAGAAAAGCAUUAAAAUGGUUUCCACAACCUACGUGCCGGAAAAAUCUUUAUCUGAUCCAUCAACAGACUUUGAUAAAAUCCAUAACACAGUGAAAAGUCCCAGGUGCAAAUUAAGGCAUGAAAAAUCUUGGAGAAGGCAAAAGAUCUCAGGCACAAGAGAACGCAAAGCUGCCACUACUCUGGGAUUAAUCUUGGGUGCAUUUGUAAUAUGUUGGCUUCCUUUUUUUGUAAAAGAAUUGGUUGUUAAUGUCUGUGAAAAAUGUAAAAUUUCUGAAGAAAUGGCAAACUUUUUGGCAUGGCUUGGUUAUCUGAAUUCCCUUAUAAAUCCACUGAUUUAUACAAUCUUUAAUGAAGAUUUCAAGAAAGCAUUCCAAAAACUUGUACGAUGUCAAUACUAGUUUAAAGAAAGUUUAUUAUUAAAGGAUAAAGUUUUCUUUGGAUGAAAGUAACUAAAUAUUAACUAGUAAAAUAUGUGCACAAUUAGGGGAAAUAUAUUACAACUUCUAAAAUGGAUAAAAACAUGAUUUAUAUUUUAAUAACACUAUUAACAUAAAAUUUAUUAAUUAUCCUGGGAAACUCAAAAUUAGAAAAUAUUAUAUGCAGAUUUAAAAUAAUGUUUGCCUAUGCAAUGUACUGAAAAAGUUAACUGAUACUGAUUUUCCAUAUUUAUGUGUUACAGCAAUUAAGAGGAAUUUUUGAUUAACAGCACACUUAUAUCCAUAAUUUCUAUAUAACUAUUGUGCUAUUAUAUAAUUAUUUUAUUUUGUAGAAAAGAUAUAUUUUGUCACAAUACACACACUUCUGCUGCUUAACUGGUUUUGUCUAGUCUCCAUCUUACCCUAUAACAAGGGGAGGGAGGAGAUAACAACUCUUACAAUGAAUGGAGUAAAUAUAAAGAUCAGACACACAGCUAUUGUCUUUGUGUUUAAGUAGUAAAGAAUUAUUAAGUGGUAAGCCAUGGCAAAAUAAUUCUAGAUACUAAAAUUGUGACUAUUCGAUAUAUCCUGUGUGUUUAAUGUAAGCUGGAAGAAUACUAACAAUAUCCUAUUAAUAUGCAAAAUUGAAGUCUUACCCAAAAAGUGGUAUGGAGAGGAGUUGGGUUUUUUGUUGUUAUUUUUGGGGUUUUUUUGGUACCAAGGGUCAAACUCACAACCUUGUGCUUGCCAGGCAGGAGUUGUUACAAUUGCCCCUUGUUUACUUAAGAAUCAAAUUUAAGGCAUUGACUGUCCUAAGUAAUUGACAAUAGUUACAUUUCUAAUGUCUUAUUUAAGAUGUAAAUUAUAUUUCAUUUUGUUCAAUAUAAACUUAAUGACUUUGUUACUUUAUACCUCAUCUCCAUACUUUUGAACACUAUUUCCUUUUCUAUUAGAGUUUCUUUAGUAGAAAGUCUUAGAAUUUUCCACUGAAUUUUUUUUUAAAAAGUGUUCUAGUUGAUAGGAAGACUUAUGAGAAACCAGGACUAUUUUAAAAGUAUGUAAUUUUUAAGUUAUAAUUUUGUGUGUAUUGUAAACUAUACUUUCCUAGUAGGGUGCUUAAGAACAUUGUAUAUUGAUUCUUUUUUAUAUAUCUGUGUCUCAUUACUCCCAAUCUAAAAAAUAUUUACAGAGUUCCCAUUUUAUAUAAAGUAUUGAGACAUGUACUGGAUAGAACAUAUAGGCAAUAAAAAUAUAAUUCAUUCAUGUAAUAAGUUCAUAUUGUAAAAGAAGAACACAGAAGUAUAACAUUAAAAAAUAUCAGGAAUCAGGGAAGAAAGUUAUUUAUAUAGUUAUAUAUCUGGUUGAGAAAAGUCAUAAAGAAUGUAUGUAAAAUGAGUGUCAAAUUCAAUGGUGUCCAGGCAAGAGAAACAGAAGAGGAUACUGCAGGUAGUGACAGCAUCAAGAGUUCAGGCUACAACAUGCAAGUGUCUAUGGGACACAUUCACAAAGUAUUAUUGAGCAUGGUAGUUAUUUAGAACUAUAGAAGAAAAGAUCAAAAGGAAAAACCAGGCAUUUUGUGGCUGAUUUAGCAUCAAAAAUAGAAGUCUGUCCGUCUUUUUGUUGUCAUUAAGUGAUAACACAUUGCAAGUUUGGGAAAAUCUAAGAAAAAAUGUUCUGAUCAGAUUUGAGCAGAAGUUAGUAGAGAUAAUGACUUCUCCUUAGAAAUUAAACCAUUAAUCAGCAGGAGAUUAUAAAUUCCAGACAGCCUUCAGGUUACGGAAUAAAAAGGAAGAAACAAAUGAGAGAUAAUAUUAAGAUAGCAACUACAGAUUAUAGCAAAUAUUUUAGUACGCAGAUAGAAGGGGGAGAUAUAAGUUACUGAAGUAAAGUCAUGUUCAACUGAAAAAAAAGGAAUUCAACACAGGAUCUACUGUUGAAGACUUCUUUUGGGAAUAUGUCAAGUAUAUUGAAAACAUAUUGGAGCUUGCAGGCACUACUGACCACUUCUUGCCUAAGAAAAAUGAACAGGUAAAUGAGUUUUUCUCUCUGAAUGUAAAACCAACAGGUUAACAAAGUUCCUGGCUGUGUAUUUUGUUCUCAUUCUAAUUUACCUCCUAGAACCCAUAAACCUUGUUGAUAGAUCUACUACUGUAGUCUCUGCCAUUCUUUUAUUAUUUCCUUUCCUUUUUGACUUACUAAAAUUUGAUUUCUGAUUCAUUCUUUUCAUUCAUUCAUUCAUUCUUUUAAAUUAAGACCUUUCUGCAGUUAAUCCAUUGUUAGUUUAUUUAUGUCCAUCUUAGAAAUUUAUAUACUUAUACUUGGGAAACUCUAGAGACACAGAUAAUCAACACAAAGAAACAAAUUUUCAAGUUGGGUGAGGCGCACCCAAAUACAGAGACUGUCAUCUGAUCUGAAUUCAACAGAAGCUCUGAUGUAGAAAAAUAAUACCAUAAGUGACAGAGAAGUCAUAUGCCCCUUCAGAGCUCAGGGGAGAAUCAGUUUUGAUUUUAUUAUGUGUAUGAAACAAAGGGAGGGUCUGCAAAGCAUUGUAAUAAUUAUCACUCCAGCUAUGUUUUUCCUCCACAUGCUAUGUUACAGCUCAUACCAUGCUUCAUGAAUAAACAUGAGGACUAUUGCUUUAAUAUAUUUGAUGGUAGGUAAUGGAGAGAUGAAUAAUCUAACAUUUGUACUUUCUUUGAAAUAUAUGAAAAAAUUACAUUUUCUUGAAUAAUAUUACAUCAAUGAAAAAAAUUCCAAGUUAAUAAAUGUUGAUUUUUUUCAACAAAAAAUUCCACAUCUAUAGUAAAUGAAACAAAAUGGUGAUUCAUAUAUAUAUACAUAUAUACAACUGAUAAAGUAUGUGAAGAAAAAUGUAAAUAUUGUAGAAAGAAAUUAAAUAUGAAAUAUGAAGGUUUACCUCUUGCUAGAAUUUUAAUAUAGCAUCAAAAUAUUAAGCAAAGAUCUUAAUUUUUAUUUGUUCUUAAUAAUUUUAAAAGAUAUGAGAAAAGCAAGCACAAGAAAUCAAAGCAAUGUUGAGUCUAAUACUCUAUCAUUAGCUAUAGUUACAUACAAAUUGUGCUUGAAAAUCCACUUCUGCUUGUGAGACAUGGUCAUCAUUACAGAACUGGUUUAACAAUGUUGCCUAAACUUACAGGUUUUGUUUUAUAUUGUUUUGAUUUACAGUAAAUCCACCAGAUUAAAUCCACAGCACAAACAGCUUGGCCAGACACUGGUAGGUCAUGGGCCUAUCCUUAAGUAAAAUCUUUUUGUCUUUAAAGUUCCAAAAUGUAUUUUAUUUUCUGUGUUCUUGAGUUUGACUCCUCAGUCAUCCACAUUCCUUUAUUAUAUCACUUAUUUCAGUUACAAAUUGGUUCCUUUAGCAGAGCACAAUCUGCUAUUCAACACGCAGUUUUAAUCUUUGUAUUUUUUUUUUUUUACCCGGAAUCAAACUUACAACCUAAUGCUUGCCAGGCAGAUGCAAGGCUCAAUUUAUCUUCUUUUCCUAAGGUUUUACCAAAAGCAAAUGGAGAAGUACUUGGAAGUCAAUUACUAGGAAAUGCGUUGAUUUGUUCCAAAUAGCAUGAAAGUGAAAAUGAUCACAAGUUUAUUGCUGAAACAUAUUUCAAUACAUUCAGGGAGAAAUUUUGCUCAUAAAUUUAUAUGAGACUAUUUUUGAUUCACCAGUCAGAGAAUCAAGUGUACUGUAUCAGCAGUAGAACUGAAAUCUGAAGGGUUUUUCCUUAGUACAUUCCAAAGUCUUUCAAAAGUAAUCUUCCUUAAUUCAAAAUGUGACUAAAGUAAUGUGUUUUAAUGUCUUCCUAACAACCAAAGUGAUUAUAUUCAGACUCUUAUUUUGCCAAAAAAAAAUCGAGAAGCAAAUUAUAUUCAUGCCAUAUAUGAAGUACUUUCUUAUGGUACUGUAAUAAUUUUUCUUAUUCUUUUGAAUCACGUUUUCUCUCAUUUAAAUGAGAAAUAUUGCUGAAGGUAAUUGAUAAUUUUUACUUAUUGAUAUAAAAUAUCUCUAUCCACAAUAUGUCAGCAUUUGAAGGCCACCUAAGGAUAGAAAUUUUUUCAAAGAAUUGAUAAUAUCUAAUCAGGUUAAGGACUGUACAAAUUUUGUUAAAAGAAAAUAUUAUAACAUAAUAAAUACUUAAUACUUUAGCAGCAGUAGCAACAGUAAUAAUAAAUCGGGUUCAAAAACUGCCUUUUGUUCAAAUUUAUGCUUAAUUACAGUUCCAAUUUUUAUCAUGGAGAAUUUUCACCUCUGCAAGGGUAAUAAAAUGAAUUUAUUGGUUUAUAUAUACACAGCAAACUUUCCAUGUUCUUUCCAUUCUCUUCAAUAUCUUUUCAUUACAUUAAUAGUCUUAAACUAUUUACAUUCAAUAUUCAUAAUUAAAUGUUACAUUUAUAUUUCAUGUUUUAUUACUAUUAUUAUAUAAUUAUAUGGCUGAGUCAAUUACAACUUAAUUCUUUUAGCAGAAGAGUAUAAGAACCCAUGUUCUGCAGCUCAAUUAAUAAAGGAAAAUUUUUUCACCCUCCUAUGUCUACAUGUAAUAACCAUAUACUCUUUGCGUUAUUUGGGUUGGCUAGAAUUCAGGCCUAUCACAAUCCCAAUAUAGAGGAUGUGUGUACGUGUAUGUGCCAAUGUUUAUGUCCUUUUGCAAAGCAAGCUGAUAUUAAGAAAUGAACUUGAAAGAAAUCAAUCAUCUCAGCACAACACACUGUUAAGUUUGAAGAUAAAGCAGGAAGAGUGGAAAGGAAGAAACUUUUCAACAGGAAGGAAAUAUUCUCAUAUUUCAAAUUUCAGAUUCAAAAUCCACUGUGGAUAAAAAUUAGUGAUGCUUGUUACAAAAACAUAUUCCAAAAUCUAUGUCUGUAAAUUUAAACUGGAUAUCAAGAAUUUGAGUCGUUAGCAGGAAUCUUAGGUUAUUCCAGAGAGUUUAGCCUGGAGAUUUAGCUCUUUACACAACAGUUUUAGAGUUCCUAAAUAGUUAGAUUUUUUAUGGGACCCAUUACAGUAAGCGAAAAUGAAAUUUUACUAACAAAUUUAGUCAGAAUCCAGAACAUUUUGGAGCCACAGUACAUGAAAAAUGCCUGAUGUAAAACUGUGUAUUUGCAGAAAUAAAAAUCACAAAAAUUAAAACCUAUUUUCAGUCAGAAUAUUGUUUAAGUUUUCUAUGACCAAGAAUAACUUCAUUGCGUAUGAAUCAGCUGCUUAGAACACAGUUCUCUACAUUUGAAAUUUAAGCCCUGAUUCUUCCACUAAGCAUUAACCUGAUGCUGAGCCAGUUUCAUUUAUGUGGCUUUGCUCAAGGUGAUGACACCUUAAGAAGUUAGAAUGAAAUAAAGUAAAUGCUCUUGAAAAAUGGAAAAGGACUACAAAAUAUAAAUUAUUAUUUUCUGUAAGUCUGGAAUGAGUGAGAGUACACUGGACAUGGGACAGUCUGGUUUGCACUGUGCACUGCCUUUUUCUGAGUCUGGAGAGACGUAGUUGAUGGCUUACACUUAGCUCUGUCCUUGGGUGAACAGUAAUUCCCAGCGGUCCUAGCCAAGUCACAGAAAUGCUACCUCUGUGGCUAUUCACCAGUGUUCUCUGUUAUGUUAUAUCAAUUAAUAAAAGCCUGGCAUCUUCAAAGCUUG